AUGCUGCCCCCGGGCCGGCUCGUGGUGUUGCUCUGGCUGUGCCUGCUGGCCGUGCCUCUGCCCGGUGCGAGCGGCGGCUCCGGGCGGUUCUGGCACCUCACGGACCUGCACUGGGACCCCGGGUACGAGGCGGCGGCGGCAGCGGGCCGGCCGUGCCCCUCGGGCGGCGGUCGGGCUGAGCCCGCCGGACCCUGGGGCAGCUACGUGUGCGAUUCGCCCUGGACCCUGCUCCGCUCGGCCGCUCAGGCCAUGCGGGCCCGCCUGGCCGCGCCUGACUUCGUGCUCUGGACCGGAGAUGACACUCCCCAUGUCCCCAAUGAGCAGCUCGGAGAAGAAAAGGUUCUGCACAUAAUAGCAAAUCUGACCUCUCUGAUAAAAGAGACUUUUCCAGGUACCAAGGUCUAUGCAGCCAUGGGCAAUCAUGACUUCCACCCCAAGAAUCAGUUUCCUGGGAAGGAGCACAGGAUCUACAACCAAACAGCAGAGCUGUGGCGGCCCUGGCUGAGUGAUGCCUCCCUUCCUCUCUUCAGAGCAGGAGCUUUCUACAGUGAGAAGCUGCCUGGCCCAGGGAUGAGGGGGCGGAUGGUUGUCCUCAACACCAACCUCUACUAUGACCAGAAUGAUGAGACAGCUGCUGAGGAGGAUCCUGGGGGGCAGUUCCAGUGGCUGGAAGAAACCCUGACCAACGCCUCUAGAGCAGAUGAAAUGGUUUACAUUGUGGGCCACGUCCCCCCUGGCUUCUUUGAGAAGAAACGGGGCAAGGCCUGGUUCCGGAGGGGCUUCAACGAGCGCUACCUGGGGAUUGUGCAGAGGCACCACGGGGUGAUCGCUGCCCAGUUCUUUGGGCACCAUCACACUGACAGCUUUCGUGUGUUCUACAGCCACACAGGUGCUCCAAUCAAUGUCAUGUUCCUGGCCCCUGGAGUGACUCCCUGGAAAACAACAUUACCUGGAGUGAGCAAUGGAGCCAACAACCCUGCCAUUCGUGUGAUUGACUAUGAUCAGGACACCCUGCAGGUCUUGGAUAUGGUGACUUAUUACUUGAACCUUACUCGUGCCAACACGAUGGCCUCAGCAGAGUUCCCAGACUGGGAGGAAGAGUACAGGCUGACAAAAGCCUUCCAGGUCCCUGAUGGCUCUGCAGCCUCCAUGCAGACAGUGCUGGAGAGGAUCUCCAAGGACCCCCACUACUUGCAGCUGUACUAUGAGUUUAACUCUGCCAGGUACGACCUGGAGCUGUGCCAGCAGCAAUGCCGUGUGGAUCACCUGUGUGCCAUCAGGGAAAUCGAUUUUACAAAGUAUGAGGAGUGUGUGAAAACCAACAGCUCUGCCUCUGCUGCCAGCAGUGUUUGGCUUUUGGUUUUCUGCAUGUUCUUAGGAUUUCUCCAUCCUCAGCAACUGCUGUGAUGGCCAAGAGCAAGAGAAAAGGAGGGCACGAGAUCACAUGACACUGCAUGGGAAUUGGUGAUUUUGGCUUUGAGAACUUGCCUGGAACACAGGACAAAAUUGUCAAUGUUUACUAAAAGCCCUGUGAUGCUGAUUUGAAAUUUUCUAGAGAUGUGUGAAGAGCAAUGUUUUUGAGAGCCCUAUUGUGCCAAAGUGACUGCAGCAAGGAGUGGCUCCCUCUGCUAGGACUGCUGGGGCAGCCUCACAAAUCAGAUGAAGACCAGGCCUCCCUGUGGACAUGAACUGGCAAGGGCUGAGAGCAGGGAGCUGCCACGUGUUCCAGAGGUUGCUGCCAGCAUUCCUUAUUUUGGCACACACUUUUGCAAGUCUGCACAGCUGGUGACUGAGGAAGUCCUGCUGUGGUGGCUCUGUUCCACAGCACCUGUGGCUGGUAAGCACAGCGAGGUGGGCUGGGGUGACAGCCCAGGGCAGGCUGCAGAUCACUGACAGGGGAUGGUGCCUCAGCCUGUCAGAGGAGCAGGCUGAGCAAUGGGAGAGCAGAGCUGGGCUCUGGAGUACAACUUACAGAGAGGAUUAUGCCAGAACCAGAUAAAACUCGACUUGGACAACAACAGCAGCCACUGUUCAAAAUCCACUGCCAAGUGUCACUUGUGUACCAAAGUGCAGCACGAGGAGCAGAGCAGGUCACAAGCAAAGCAGCUGGGGCAGCUUUAGGAGCUGCAGCCUGAGGCAGGCCAAGGCCAAGGCCUGCAGGGAAAAGGGCACUUUGCCAUGGCAGGAUCCUCCCCUGAGCCACAGCACCACAGGCAGGCUCAGCUGUACCAGUGCACACUGGAACGAACACACUACACUCUCCAACCUGGCAAAAUCUGCAUUUAAUUUACAACAUAGUAAAGGUUACAGGUAAAAAGCUCAACAGAAGUGUGAAAAGGCCUAUUACAUAUUACACAAGUGUACAAAUGUCUGUACAAAGCCCCUCGAUGUUCCUGUCCCCUCGUGGCCAGCUGUGGCCCCUAAGCUCUGAAAUAAUAAGAGCUGGUUCAGAGUCUGAGAGGAGAAGAGCUUUAAAAAACGAGCAGUGAAGUUUCCCUUGUCAAGAAAAAUCUUGCAAAGAGCCACUUGCAAAAAAAAUCCCCAAAACCCCCCAACCCACCCCUCUUCCCCCCAAAAUAAAACAAAAAAAAAAAAAAAAAAAGAAAAAGAAGGAAACCUGCUCAACUUUUGUUUGUCCUGACUAGUCUUACUCUAAAGAGUUGCCUUCAGAAAGCAACUGGCUGGGAAAUGAAAAUCUUAGACUAAAGAGGAAGAUUCUGAGUUAUUGUGGGAGCACUGGGAAGCAGAACAAAUGCCCAACAGCUGAACCAUCAAUGGCAACUUAAACACAGAGCAGCACAGCUGGAUCAUGGAGCAGGUGCUGAAUGCACACAGGGAACAGUCUGAGCUGGAUGUGAUGGUGUGGGAGGGAACAGAGCAGUCUCUAAAGCCAUGGCUCUUGUGAGCUGGGCAGCUGCUCACAAGAUAGAAGCAAUCACUGCAGAGCAGAACUCACAGAUUUUGGGGCAUCUGUCUGAAAUGGGUCUGGUGCAUCCAGCAUCCCAUCUCCCUGAUCCAGCACCAUCCCAUUUCCCUGGAGCACAGCACUGAUCCAGCACCAUCCCAUUUCCCUGGAACACAGCACUGAUCCAGGACCAUCCCAUUUCCCUGGAGCACAGCACUGAUCCAUCACCAUCCCAUCUCCCUGGAGCACAGCACUGAUCCAGCACCAUCCCAUUUCCCUGAUCCAGCACCAUCCCAUUUCCCUGGAGCACAGCACUGAUCCAGCACAACCCCAUCUCCCUGGAGCACAGCACUGAUCCAGCACCAUCCCAUCUCCCUGAUCCAUCACCAUCCCAUUUCCCUGGAGCACAGCACUGAUCCAGCACCAUCCCAGCUCCCUGGAGCACAGCCCUGUCCCAACAACCUGGCACCACCUCCCCAGACAGCUGCAGUCCUGCACACAGUGAACAGCCAGGUACAUGCUCUCAUUUCAGUGCACAUUUCCUGGAUCCCCCAAACAAACAGCACAGGAAUGUGACUUGUAGCUGAACUGCAUUAGAGUGUGUACAAAAAUCCAGAAUAAAUGUAAGAAUAAUAAAGCUCUGGCCUUACCUUGCAUAAAGUACAGCCACAAGAUGUAUGAGUAUGUGAAUCAUUUUCAAAUAUAAACCCAAGGAACUAAAGGGCUUGAGCAACAACCCAAGUCCACUGAGAAUUCCUAUUCUGGCUCUCAGCAGCACUCAAUUCUCACCUGCAGUUCCCAGCAGCUAAAAUAUUAGUGUGUGGGGAACAUGCCAGUCCUCCCAGCUUCUUGUCUUGAUGAAUCUCAUAUACUCUAAACUUAAAAGUUCCAUUUGCAAAUUAAAAUGAAACUAUUUAAGUUACAGGGGCCACCAAGUCUAAAAAAACUCCACUGUGUUAACCUCACCCUGAGUUAUCCAGGGGAGUCACCAUGGCACAGUGCAGACAGUGCCUGAUCCUGUUGGAUUCCCUGUAUCCAUCCCACAGCCCCCAUUCUGCAGCACUGGAACAAAGCUAAGGAACCCAGCUGCUUCCCUGCUGAUCCAUCUCAACUCAUGGCUCAUGGGAUGAUCUAGUGUUUUAUGUGGAAAUCAAAACAAGCUGUAGCCAAACUAAAAAUAAUAAUAAUAAAAAAGACAAUAAUGCCCCACAUUGGUGGGGUUUUGAAAAUAUAAAAAAUAAAAACUGACCUACAUUCUGCAAGUUUUACAACUCCUUCCAAUGGGAUUUUGCAAGGCUUGGCCCCACAAACAUUUCCUCUUGACCAAGCUGCCCUGCUGUGAGAAUGUCCAGCAGGAGCAGUGUCAGCACAGCGAGCCCAGCACUGAAAUACAUGGACCUGCAGGGUCAUGCCAUAAGUGAUAAUGAAAUUGUGUGACUGCCCCUUGGACUUGUGGAUCCAAACUCAGCACAAAGAGCUCUGGGACUGUGUGGCUAAGAAAAGGCUUGUAGGGGUUUUGGUUCAAAAGGAGACGGGAGCUGUAUUUUCUUUUUUUUUUAUAACAGACAUAUAAAAACAUUUGAA